AGCACAUUUAUUUAAUGUGGACUAUAAGUGCCAGUGACCGAUAGUUAAGCCUAGCUGUUGAACAAGAAACAGACUAGCUGUUAGUUCAUUAGUAGAUGAGUGAGAUCGUAUAAAGAAACAGAAAAUAUAAAAGAUAAGUGUUGGUUUUCAGACGUGCGUCUUUUGUUCGGUGUGCAACCGGGGCGUCACCCAAAUCCUGCCCAGCAUCGAGAGAGGACAUGCAAAUCGGGAAACAAAGGCACAGGCUGUUCGGGUGUCGGGUUCAGGGCUGAGUCCCCGGGGGAGAGCAGCAACGCGGGCAUAAAUGAUGCGCUAACAGGGUGAGCUAUCUCAACUUCCAAAGAUGCGAAGAGGACACUUGUGACAGGUGGUAACCCCUCCCACCCCUACCCAUCUUGGACAUGCGAGGGGCAGAGGACCUCUUAGGUAUCCAGGUCGAUACACAGAUGUUGGCAAAGCUGGCUCUAUCCGUAGCCGGCGUGCUGCUCGUGUCCUGGGCUUACCGGUUCUACAACUCCAGGAGGUGGCACGUACGACAGGAUGGUCCAGGGACCCAACAGGCCGACAGGUUAGGAGCGCACCGGGAACCGGACGCAGGUACGUCCUCAGAGGGCUCCGCUGACAACUGUGAGGAAGAACUGCUCCGAUCGAAUGAAGUCUCACCUAGAGAAACAUUGUUACAACAGUGCAAGCAUUCACCCAGAGAACCUCCAAAUAUACCAUCACCUGGAGAGAUGCCAUUAGAGCAGUGCAUGCACUCACCUGAGGAACCACAGAAUAUACUGUCAGUUGGAGCAACAUUUUCAGAUCAACAUGAGGACUCACCUGGGGAACUUCACAACAUACCAUCAUCUGGAGAAACCUUUUUAGAGAAAUACAAGUACUCAUCUGUAGAAACUCAGAGCUCAGCUUAUCUGGGCCGUGUCGAGCCUGACGUAGCAAUUGUAAGAGGAGAAGAAAACCUGAACCACAAUCCAAACCUGCCAACGAAGGAGAGUAUGGUGCGACAUGAUCCCCCCAAAAUAAAACAGACACCAGUGGCACAUGACCGCAGCACCCAGGGAGCUCUCCACACCAACUGCGAGGAGGCAGAGGGAUGGCCGGAUGCUGAUCUUGUUCUGGACACUUCUCUGUCUCCCCCUCCCAUGGAAGACCUGGACCAUGUUGGGGUGAGUCCAACUGGGAGGCGAUCCCCGUGCAAGCAAGAGAGGCUGGAGCCAAGCACUAGCAUGGGCCAGGAGCUGAGGCAGGAUCUGGGUCACCUGGGAAACUCCUCCCAUCUUCUGACCAAGGAAGAGGUCAGGACAGAAGGCACAGAUUAUCUGCAGGAGAGGGAUGGGGAUGCCCCAGUUGAGGCACUAGGGAGCACCUAUGACAACCACAUACAGUCCUCAUUGCAGUCAGUCUCAGAUGAGAGUCUGUUGGCCAGCCCCUCCAUCCAAAAUCUCAUUGGUGAGCUCCAAGAGGAUAUUACGUCACAUGACCCACUGAGCCUUAAGCAGCCAGAGGUGAGUUGUUACCAUGAUGGCAAAGCCAUCCAUCAGUUGAGCCAUUCCCUUACCCCACCUCUCAACCUGCAGGACCUUGUUCUCCCCUCUGUACAGGAGCACUCCUUCGCAGCCAGCCUUGACCCCCCUUCCCCUGGACGGCAGGGGCUUGUGCGAAAGGACAGCUACAUUCACAUUGUAGAGAAUGAUGACCUCCAAAUCCCUUUCCUCAACCCUAGGGCUUCUACAUCACCGAGCAUGCUCAGUUCUCAAACCCUGUCUUCAGAAGGCCCGUGCUCAAAGCCCCAUAGUCCUGUAAAAGAUCCCACAGUCCUCGGUGGGGAUACUUCUGAAGAAACAGGACUGGAGGGUGCAGAAAGAUUGACCAUUUUACAGAUACCCAAAGAAGGAAGCAGUCCUGAGCUGGAGAGAUUGCAGGGAAGACUAGACCUAGGAAACUGUCUUCAUACUCUCAGCCUGGCCAGGAAAGAGGGACAUGCCAGCCUGCAGCAUGCUGCUCUUAAAGUCAUGUCUGACAACUACCUGCAGGUCCUACAGGACCCAGGGCUGUAUGGAAGCCUGAAAGGAGGGGACAGGGACUUGAUCCAAAAGCUGCGGACAAGGGGUAAGCGGUGCCUGGUGGUGGCUGACUUAGACCAGCAGGACUUGGUGGGGUCAGACUCUGGCCUUCCAAAGACAUCGAGCAGUCUCUAUUACUACGAUGAUCUCAAAGAUUCCUGGAACUUCCUGUGCCCCCUCCCUAAGGAGGUGGUGUCCAGGGGCUCUGCCAUGUGUGUAAUGGACAACUACCUCUUUGUCACUUUGGGCUGCCAGGGCUUGGGCCGGGAGGUGCAGCCAUCAAGGAAGGCGUUCUGCUACAACCCGGCCACAUCCAUCUGGAAGGAGAUCAGCCCCAUGAACGAGGCCCGGCCCCAGUGCAAGCUGGUAGCCCUGGGGGGCUACGUGUAUGCCAUCGGGGGGGAGUGUCUCAGCAGCGUGGAGCGCUAUGACCCCCGGACAGGCCGCUGGGCCUUCGUUGCUUCCAUGCCCAACGACACCUUCGCCGUGGCCCACCGUGCCACUGUCUGCAACGGGGAGCUGUUCGUCUCUGGGGGCACCCUGAGGUACACCCUGCUCCGUUAUAACCCAGCCACCAACACCUGGAGGCGGAGCCUGAUCGUGGGCAGUAAGGAGAGGACCAUCGAAAUGGUAGCAGUGAAGAACUUCCUGUAUCGGUUCGAUGUGGGCUCUACUUCUGGUGUCAGCGUGUACCGCUACCAUGUGGCCGCCCGACUCUGGUACGAGUGCUGCUCCCGGAAGCUGCCCCGCUGCCUCGCCUUCCAAUGCGCAGUCAUCGAUGAUGUCAUCUACUGCGUGAGCCGGCAGGCCACCAUGAGGUUCCUGGCAGACGAGGUCUCUCCGGCCUUCAUUGCUGAGGACUUGGGUGUCCUUUCUGCGGCCAAGGGCACCCUGUUUCCAUUCAUUCUGGUGCUUCCUGAAAUGGAGGCUCUCCAGACCAGUGUUUAACUAUAGAUGCUUGGAGAAAUUAAGAAAGCGAAGGGGUAAGAAAGCUUUUUUGUCUAUGUAAAUCUCAUCCAGGGCCAUUGCAGCACAAAAUACACAAAAUUAGUUUUGAGCGAAUAGUAUCACACAGUAACAACGCUAAUUAAAAUGUUAGCAACAAAAAUGUGUUUUAUGUUAUCACAAUUGUAAUUAUUAUUAUUAUUAUUAUUAUUAUUAUUAUUAUUAUUAACAAUACUAAUAAUAAUAAUACAAUAUUAUUGGUUAUACUGGCUGCCAUGAAUGAAUUAUCUAUAGAAAAAAUAAAAUAAUUGACUUUAUUCAGUAAUAAUCAAAACUAUUUGAAGUGUUGAUUUCCUUUUUGUGAAAACAAUGUAUAAACUUGUCUGCAAGUAAUUCAGGAUUGCUGGGAUUUAUCAUAGCAUAAUCAUAUAUAAACACUGUUCAUUGUGUGAAGAUUAGAUUUGGUGUAAUCCUUAAAGUUUUGCUUUGUAAACAUAAUCUGAUUUGAAUAUGUGUCACUCAUUAUUGAUUUAUGGACUUCAAUAAACAAAUUAAUUCA